GCUUUCUUGUAAUUUAUCAUUGGAACAAAACGUGACUUUGGGUUAAACAAAUUAAAAAUAACGCGGUUACAACUUUCGGUUUGUAAGAAAAUAUAUUUCAGCUUAAAACAAUAUAACCAUAGUUAAACGUAUGCACACAUGACAAUUUUAUCAACGUAUCAAGUAAUUCACAUCAACAGAUGAAGCGAAAGUAGUGUAAUGGCGAAAUCACGUGGAACCGAUUUCAAAAUUUGCAUGCCCGAACAUGAACUGUCAAUCAGACGAAGCCGAAGUGUAAACACUGGUAAAGGUGAAGUGAACACAUCGGUCGUUGUGGAUAUCACUGAGCGAUCGAGUUCCAGAGGCAAUGCAGUACACAAAAUGAGCGUUAAAGAGUCCGCCCCACCCCAUCUGCUUAUGCAGAAUGUUAGAGACAUCCGCAAGCGUCUUAUGGAAACGGAGAAAACACUGAAUAAGAUUUCCAAAGCAGAGGCAAAAGUUGAGAAUGAUGACAUUGACGAUCUCCUGUCUUUAACUUCGCUGGACUCGAGGCGUCACACAGGGUUAUCAGGAGACUUUCACCAUCGUGAUGGUGCUCAUGUGAUAGAGGAGGACCGGGAAAGUGUGAGGUCCGAGCUUGCUACACUUCCUGAUUCAAGUUAUGCAGGAUUUGAAAGGGUUGUGCCCCCUAGUAGUACCCCAAAUAGACCUCAGUUGAAGAGUCGACUGACAGGUCUACUAGAGAUGAUGGAGACGCGUGAGGAUCAUGAAGUGCCAACAGAGCGACAUCGACCACCCAGUGUCUCUAGUGUCCCGGAUGAGGAGAGGUCUGACGGUAGGGCUAAGGUCCGAUUUCUGAAAGAGGCAAAUAAGAAGGUGUUGAUUCAGAACCAGAAGCUGAUGAAUGAGGUGGAGAAAACAUCAUAUGAUCUCCAGGCUGCCAGAGCAAAGGUGCGAGAGCUGAGCUAUGAGCUGGACGAAUUCCGCCAGACUGUGCCAGACCUAGAAGACAAGAUCCUGGGUCUGCAGGCUGAGACAGACUCACAGGAGAAAGCUUUGAGAGAGGCAGAGGAGAGGUUUGAGACGUGUCAGCGUGAAGUCCUGUCAACAGACAGGAAGUUGAAGCAGGCACAGUCUGACCUAGAGGAAGUGAGGACAGAGUUGUAUGAGGAGAGAAAACUACGAAGGAGCCUUGAGACCCAGCGAGACGAGGCCAUGCAGAACUUUCUGGAGGCCCAGGACACCCUAGGAGAGUACCAGCGGAAAACCAAGGACAAACUGAAGAAGUACGAGGGUACAGAAGAUGAUCUGCGUGAUAGUCUCACCCAUGCCAACAGAGAGAGGGAAGAACUCCUAGACAGGGUCCAGUACUAUCAGAGCAAGGUCAAGUCACAGCAAGAGGAGAUCAGGCAACUGCAGUCAGAACAGGAAGUGGAUGAGGACAACAAGACCAGCAUAGAACAGCAGAACAACGAGCUGAGAGCACAGAUCUCCAAACUCUCCAACAAAAUAACGAGACUGGAGGCCGACUCCCAGCUCCUGGAAAGCUUUCAGUUUGAGAACCGUCAACUGCGCAGUGAGAACGAUCUACAACAGCAACAGCUGGCGCGAUGCCAACAGGAGAUUGAGGAGUCGAGGACGAUGCUGACCCAGUUAGAGCAGCUUGCACAACAGGUGCAGCAUUCUUUCAACAGUAGACCUACAAGUAGAAACAACAGCUUCAGUGGAAAUGACAGUGGUAAUUUCAGCCUUCGUAACCCCAGCGAUAUGACCCAGUCUUCUCUGCAGAAAUCUGCUGCCAAUGGGACAGAGUCCAGCACAGCCAGUGCUAAAAAUAUCCUCUCAGAUCUCAGGCUAAAGUUGGCGAUGAAAGAUGCAGAAAUUGAGAAGUUGAAAGCAGGGAACCAAGAACGUCAGGUCCAAGAGCAGGCCGGGGUGAUUGAAAACCUGCGCACAGAUCUAAGCAACAUGAUCGAGAAAAAUCAGAGAAAUGUGCAUUUGUAUGGCGCUGAGCAGGCUCAGGAGUUGGACUCCAUGGUGACCAGGCUGGGGCAGGAAAAGGACCGACUACUGGCCCAGGUCAAGGAACUGCGUAAAGAGCUGUCCGACCGAGACUCAGAGAACAGUUCCUUUGAGAUCCGUAUCACACAAAGGAACUCACAGCUGAUAGAACUCCAGGAGCAGCUGAAUGAGAAGUCUGUGGAACUGACCAAACUGGAAAAUAAGGUGCGUGAGAAAACGCGGCAGGUUUCCUCUCUGGAAGAGCAACUGGAAGAGAAGACAUCACAGAGCACUCACCAGACUGCGCGGGUCAAGCAGCUAGAGGCGGAGAUAACGGCACGAGAGGAGGAGGCUCAGGCUCUACACAGAGAACUCAGGGACAAACAGGGUGGGGCAGAUGUACAGAGAGAGGAACGGGAGCGGGUACAGAAGAUACACCAGGAGCAGUGCAAGGACUACCAGAAACAGAUAGACAUACUGCAAGAGAGGGUUGAGAACAAGUCUAGUCAGGCCUUGGAGUGGGAGAAGCAGACCGACAUCUUGCGGCGAGAAAUCUCUGAUAAAUCUCAUAGACUCCAUGACACCGAGCAAGCUCUUGCAAGAACAGAAAAGGAUUUAGAAGACAAGAAGGAGCAGACUCGUGAGAUGCUACGACAGCUGGAGUCCCAGGCGAGGGACGGCACCAACCAGAUACGGCAGCUAGAGACCGCCCUGAACCUGUGCAAGGACGAGAUCAAGACGUACAUAGGGGCCCUUGAGGAGAACAAGGCCCAGUAUGACAAGGAGGUCAGGCAUCGCGAGGAGAAGAUCAAAUAUCUCACUAGACAGAAUAAGGUACUAGGUCACCAGCUGGAGGUGAAAGGUCAGGAGUGCGAACAUCUGGAGAAGGCGGAGACAGAGAGCCAGGCCAUGAUUGAGCAGAGCACAGCCCGCAUACAUGACCUGGAAGAGAUGCAGGCAAAACUGCAGAAACAGAUCUCCAGCCUAGAGCGUGAGCUGUUGAACGGCAAUGCUCAGUGGAUGAGUGACCAGCAGAGCAAGGAUGUGCAGCUGAAGAACGCCUGUGAGGACCUCGAGCGUAAAACCAUCCAGCUUAGAGAGCUCUCCAGCAAACUCAAGUCUGUAGAGGAGGAAAGGAAUCGGCUGUCCUCCGAAGUGGACCUGCUUGACGCCCAGCUCCAUGAUGAGCAGGACGAGCAUGAUUCCAAGAGCGACCGCAUUGCCAAGCUCGAACGUGACCUGAGGGACAUGCGGGUACAACUCGAGCACAAGAUUGAGCUGGUGACAGACUUUGAGGAGCAGCUGACACAGAAGAACGGCGAUAUGGAGCAGCAGCUGCAACUUGUGGGUGACCUUGACCACGAGAUCAAACGCUUCCAGGACCUCCAUGAAGGCAACUGUGAGCGUAUAGCCGAUCUUGAGAAGCAGCUGGACAAGGCAGGCUACGAGGCCAAGGCCAGGGAUGAGAUGAUUGAUGAUCUCAAAGACUCUCUCAGGUCCAUUCAGGAGGAGUUAAGCAGCUCCAAGAGUGAGACUGUCAGUCUGAAGGCCCUGUUGGAGGAGAGACAACAGCAACUGGAGGAACGUGUGGCUCUGGUGGGUCAUUUAGAGUCCACACUGAGCAAAGAGCAUGAGGAGAUGGAGAGACGAAUACAGAAACUGGACCAGAAUGUCCAGAAACAUGUGGUGGAGGUCCAGGAGAGAACAAAACAGAUUGCAGACUUGGAUGAUAAGCUUCAGCAGACACAGUCACAACUAAGGGAAGUAACCCUUCAGCACCAGCAGGGGACACAACUCUGUAACAAGCAGCAGAUGGAGCUCCAGUCAAAGACAGCAAAACUACAGGAACUUGAAACGCUUGUUGAGAGACAGAAGACCAAACUGGAUGAGCAGAAAGAAGAGAAUGUGGAGAUAACUCAGGAACUGAGACUAACCAGGGAGCAGUUGCAACAACAGCACACUGACUUCAUGUCUACCAGACGUGAGCUGGCACACUCGAACAGAGAGCAGGAGAAGUUGCAGAGAGAGCUUGAGGAAUUGAGAAACACACUAGAGAGCUAUGAGUCCGACAAGGCCAGACUGGCAGAGGAGCUGGGUGCAGCCAAGGCCAGGGUGGAUGAGGCACAGUCUAAGACCUCCGUGGAGGUACAGAAACUCUCAGACGAACAUGAUGACAGAGAGCGCAAGUACCAGUCUGAGGUGAGUGCGCUGCGAGAGGAGAUGGGAGACUACCGUGAGGCCAAUGACAUCCUGAAGGCACAGCUGAGGGACAAGACCAGACAGCUGGGAGAGAUGGAGAAACACUACGCAGACCAGGUGAGACUGGCGGCCCAAGAGCUUGACAACAUCAAUGAAGAGAUGGAGUCACGCAAGGAGCAGAUGGAAAAUUCCAGUGAACAAAUCAUACUUAAGGACUCGGAGAUUGCUCGCCUGCAGGCCAAGAUCUCAGGGUUGGAAAGAACACUGCAAGCAAUGAGGAUGUCUGACUCCUCUCUCAUGUCCAACAUCCAGGGCAGGGAAUCAGAUAUCCUUGGCAUGUCACGGUCACAUCGGCAAAGUGAUGGCCAGGGGAGGGAAAUCAUUCUCACAGAUGUGACGGUGUCUGCUCCAACCCAGCAGUAUGGAACACAGGCUUUUGAAGUCGAACAAGAGGUGGAAAUCCGCUACAUUCCUCGAGGAAGGAACAAUAAUUCUGAGAAAACGGAUCAGGAAAAUAUUGAGCCUACAGGGCCAGUGCGUGUCUUGAACUUUGCUGAAGAUGACCAGUCAAAAACCUCUGGUCUUCACCGACCGAAACCAGUCUUGCCAAAGGGAGUCACCAGUAAGAAAGAUCGGCCAGUAUAUGGGAAUUCUAAAGAGUCUGCUGGAAAUAAAAAAGAGCAGAAAACCAGUGCAUUUUCUCGAGUCAUUGCAGAGAAACCUAAGCCAAAAGAGGAGCCAGUAUUUCCGGGUGAAAUUGGACAAGAACCAGUGACCGCAAUGCGGAUGUACAGUGCUGAUACCUUUGACCUUGAAACAUCUGAUCUUGACCCUGAGCAAUGCAUGAAGGCAUUACAGGACAAACUGCGGGCCAAUGAGCAGAGACAGAAGGACAUUGACAGGCAGCUACAGAAUCUAGACUUGGACGAUGACAAUGAAGAGUGUGGCACAGCAGAUGACACUUGAAAUGUAGCGUAGAAAUAGACAAUUGUAUUCAGAAAAUAUUUAUUGUUGUUUGUGAUGGGGAGGAGGGGGGUUAGGCAUUUAAUAAAUGAAUGUUUCAAGGUUUAAGUCGGAAGUUAUUGUGUCUGACAUAAGACACAGAAAUAAGCAGUUUGACAAAGCAAGACCAAAUUCUUAUAUUAUUUCUGGAGACCAAGACGAUGAUGCAUGCAUGCUUCAUAUGUAACUGAGAACGUGGGCAAAAAAGGUUCAAAAUUUACCAUUACAGGUCUUGUGCUUAUUUCAAUCACCAUCUCAAUAUAAAGCAGCUUCAACAGUGUCACAUUUAAACCUCAAUAUGGAUGAUAAGCAUUUUGCAUACAUGGGAAAUAAAUUAUUUGAUCCUGGCUUUGGCAAUUUAGAUGGUAUAAGUUGCAUGUGCAGUGUAUAUGAAAAAAUGGCUGGGUUCCGGCGGGUAAUUUUUUUAGGGGUACAUGGUUUGGGGAAAUUAAUUGUGUAGAUGUGGGUAAGUUCUGAUUUGUUUUAUAGGGUUGUAUAGGGUUGGGGGACCGUAAUAGUAUAGAGGAGAGGAAAUCUACAUAAGGAUGUGGCUAUGGAGUUGGAAUUAACAACCAUAAAUGUCUGUGAUAAAUUAAACAUCAAAAACGUGUCUUUUAUUAAGGCAUUUAAACUAUGGACAUAUAGCUGUAUAAACCUAUAUUGUUAGGUGUAUGAAUAUGCAUCUAAAGUUAGGACUUAGCAUUUUUUCAUUAUAUUAUUUAUUCUCCCAAGAAGUAUUAAUUUGUUUCAUGUUUCACGUAACUUUCUUAUGGUUUACCAAAAACAACAUGCACACUGUGUAAUUAUUUCUUUCGUUUUACAGUAUGUUUGAGCAACUACAUGUUAUUAAUUACAAUCAUACUUAGAUCUAUCCCUUUUGAAUGUUUGAUUUCAAUCAAACCCACUGUCCAUUGCUUUCAUUCUACUUCGAACAACUACACACUUAAUUAAAGUAAGAAGUUGAAAGGGCAAUUCAUCAACAUUACCUCAGGGUUUGAAACAAAUCAGAAUCAUACAAAUGGUAUUUGAAAUGGGGGAAAAAUCUGUAAAAGAAGAGUUUACACUGUAUGAUCUCUGAAUAAAUUCAUAUAAAGGAACUCUUAAUAAUAGCUCUGUUGUAUCAUAUAUGGCAGCUGUAUGGUGUAGCCUACAUACAUUCCAUAUUUGUUGUUAAGAUUUAGUGAUUUUGAUCUGAGUGUACAUUUUGAGCGUUAAGCCUGAAACUACCAUAUCUCAUGUAGAAAUGCUAUGCAGAACAAUGUAUUUAAAUGUAUGUUUUAGACUCAAUUAUAGAUUUUUGUUCAAAGUUUUAUUGAUCGGUAAUAUACAAAUCUCUAACACAUAUCUAAUCUCAAUUUCUGUUAUUUUGUUCAAGUAUUCUUCUGGGCAUUUUAUACAUGAAUCAUUUGUUAAAUAUUGUUAUAUGACAUUGACUAGUUGUUCCCUAUUUAUAUACUUUGACUGCUAAUGUAAUUACACUUGAGCAGAAAAUUUGUUCAUAACGCAUGUAACUCGGCUUAAACUUCUAGUCUGUAAGUAAGUAAUAUUGUCAUACUAGGAUCUUAGGUUUUUGUUUCAUAUACUGUUUUAAUGAACAUGUUAAGGAAUUUUUCAGUAAGCAAGCCUUUGGCAAUGUAAUAAAUGGAUUUCCAUGAUCUAAUUCACCAUAAUAAAGCCUCACACGUAAUUGGUCACAAUGACAAUGUUUAACAUUUUAUUUUACUAAUAUAAAAGAUAAAAAUAUUUAUGACUACUGUUGUGAAAACAAUAUAUGAUGCAUGUCUUGCUAAAAUGGGUCUUAUGCCAUAAGGUGCUUAGCCUGAGCAUUUGCAUACUCUGGUCUGGAGAUAUGCUGUCUGUUUACAAUAUCACAAUACCUUGCAUUACUUUAUAAAGGACAGAGUAGCUCUGACCAAUUUUCGCAUGAUGCAGGUCGUAUGGUAUGUGAUAAAUGUACGUUUUUUGUAGAUUAACAAAAGGUAAAAUCUCAAUUGUAAUGUAUGAACAUUGAUUGUGUUACUGUUUUAUACAAAUGUUCAGUUUUACACUAGUUGUCUCAUGAUAAGAUGUGGAAACCCUUAAAACUGACAUGUUUUGGGCUGUGAACAAGUUAUAUGCAUAAAAUCAGGUGGACGGUAUUUUAUGGAAUAUAUGAAUUUUCUGGUUUGUCAUAAAUCCAGCAUAUAUUUAUAUGUUUUGUAAAAUUUGUAUGUAUAGUUGUUUAGAGUUUAAUAUGAAAUAAACAUACCUUCAAUGAGGCACA